AUGGAGGCUGCAGGAAUUGCCCUAGCAAUCCUCCCACUUGUCAUCAAUCAGCUCGAUAACUAUGUCCAGGGUCUUGAGACCAUCAAGAGCUUCGGGGCCAAGCGCUACCGCAGGGAACUUGAAAGCUAUUCAUCAAGCCUUGGAACCCAACAAGCCAUCUUCGUUAAUACCUUAGAGCGGGCCCUUGACGGAGUGGUCGAAUACGAAGAUGGGCUGGAUGAACUAAGGAACAAUCCUCUGGGGAAUUUGUGGAGAAGGCAGAACCUGCAAGCGAGUCUUCAUGAAAAGCUAGGAAGAGAUUUCUACCCUUUCAAUCAGAUGAUGAUAGAGAUUGCGACUCUAUUGGAGGAACUGUCACGAAAAUUAGGAUUAGACAAGAAUGUUUCGGUGAACUAUCGGGUCGACCAGUCUACCAUCAAGAAGGAGGCCAAAAAGUUCAGAGACAUUUUCUCGAAAAGCAUCUAUCUUGAUCUCUUCGCCCGUAUCGAUGCAGCCAAUAAAAUCCUGAAUACCUUAGUGGAGCAGUCCGACUAUCGAAGCACAAUACAAAAACGGAGAAUAUCAAAAAGACCCUUACUACGCCAGAAAAAGGCUCAGAAAUCAGCCCGCAGUCUUCAUAAUGCAAUAUUACGGGGCAAGUAUUGGAAAUGUGCUUGUCAGGAUCAACACUCAAUCCAUUUUGUUCUUACUUAUUCACCGGAGGAUAUACAUGACGGGUCUAUGGAGUCCUCCCGUGGCCCUCGCUUUCGAAUGAUUUUCCCUUCCAAUAGCUCCAUAGAUCUUGCCAAGGGAUGGUGCGAGAUUGAAGCCGAAUCGGACACUAUUCAAUCGAGCGUGAAUCCUUUGAACCAAUUUGUCCCCCAGGGCAGCCAAGAGACAAUUCCCUUCGCUAAAAAGAAGACCAGAGUGCAGUUUGCAUUCGACGGAUCACCCGAAGAUCAAUCAUCUACGACGUCUAAUAUGCCUUCGGUGCCUCCGAUUGUGGACAUCUGCUCAACGCUGUCUACCGUGGGGACGAACGGCGAGACAAAUGCACCUAUUGGGUUUAUCUCCGAUGAAAGCCACCGCCACAAUAUGUAUUAUGUUCGGAAGCUCGCUGGGAAUCUGAGAUCGCAAUCGCUCGCCGAGCUCAUCGCGGCUUCAAGUGAUGCUUUCAAGACGCCUAGCAGCAGCAGGUUUCUUUUCACAUGGGGCCACCGUCUUCGGGUUGCGGUUAAUCUCGCCUGCAGCGUGCUCCAAUUUCACGGAAGCUGGCUGAAAACCCAGUGGACAUCUCACGAUAUCAUGUUUACCAAGAAUUCAUCUGGUGAUAUCGAUAGGCCAUACGUCCUUUGGAACAUAGGCAGUGAAUCGGAUGCCUGGAGCAUGUGCAGAGACAAACCAACAUUCUCGCUCAUUCAAAGCGAGAUUCUGUUUCCCUUGGGCCUCGUUCUUGUCGAACUUUCUUUAUGCCAGACGUUAGAGGCACUACGUAUACCGGAGGAUGAUGAUCGAGUUGAGGGAUAUGUGAAUCUAAAGACUGCGACUCGCCUCUUGCAAGUGGUGGAGCAGCAAAGCGGUGCAGAAUAUGAAAAGGUAGCGAGACGAUGUCUCCUUUGGCCUGGUACCAAAGAAUCUACACUGGAGAGCGAGCAGAUGCAAGAUGAGAUAUUUCAACUUAUCAUCUCGCCAUUAGUCGAAAACCUGAGGAAUUUCGAGGGCAGGUCUUGA